AGAGGGAGCCCAAAGUGCCCGGGCGAGAGGGGAGUUCGUGCCGCCGCGGGAGCCCGCCGAGCCGGGGCAUGGUGCAGAGCUCCCCGGAGCUACGGAGCUGCGGAGCGGCGGCCGGGACAGAGACACAACGGCGGGGCAUGGACAGAGCUGGCGGCGCUGGUGGUCGAGCCGCGAGUGAGAGCGGCAGGACUUCACAGGGCCUGCAAGCCCUACGGAAGGAGAAGUCUCGCAAUGCGGCCCGGUUCAGGCGGGGCAAGGAGAACUUUGAGUUUUACGAGUUGGCGAAGAUGCUGCCCUUGCCAGGGGCCAUCACCAGCCAACUGGACAAGGCAUCCAUCAUCCGGCUGACCAUCAGCUACCUACGCAUGCGGGACUUUGUCAACCUGGGGGACCCCCCGUGGAACCUGCGGAGCGAGGGGCCCCCACCCAACAUAUCCGUUAAAGAUUCAAUCGAUCUUGGCUUUGAAACACUUAAAUCCACGGGCCUUGGGUAA